GCAUCAUGUCGUCGUGCCAGCGUGUGCGCUCCUUCCUGGGCUCGCUGUCGCGCCGCAAGCCCCUGGAGCCGGAGGGCGAGGUGUCCACCUUCUGCCGCUGCCUGACGACCCUUGACCUGGUGGCCCUGGGCGUGGGCAGCACGCUGGGCGCGGGCGUGUACGUCCUGUCGGGCGAGGUGGCGCGCACCCAGUCGGGGCCCUCCAUCAUCGUGUCCUUCUUCAUCGCCGCGCUGGCCUCCAUCUUCGCCGGCCUCUGCUACUCGGAGUUUGGCUCGCGCGUCCCCAAGACAGGCUCGGCGUACCUCUACAGUUACGUCACCGUGGGAGAGGUGUGGGCCUUUGUGACGGGCUGGAACCUGCUGCUGUCAUAUGUCAUCGGCACAUCAAGUGUGGCCCGGGCCUGGAGUGGUACGUUUGAUGACCUGAUCGGGAACGUCAUGGCUGACUACUUUGGCAAGAACGCCGCGAUGGGGCUGCCGGGCCUGGCUGCCUACCCUGACGUCUUCGCCGCAGCACUCAUCAUGAUCCUAGCAGGUCUCCUUGCUCAUGGUGUGAAGGAAUCGACAACGGUGAAUAAGAUUUUCACGUGUGUGAACAUCCUGGUCUUGGUCUUCGUCAUCAUAUCUGGCUUCAUCAAGGGGAACAUCAGCAACUGGUACAUCUCAGAGGAGACACUGCAGAACGUCACCGCUCAGCUUGAAAACGUGACAUUCUCGGCGAACGUGACGAGUAGGUUCGGGGCGGGCGGCUUCUUCCCCUAUGGAUUUGAGGGUACGCUGGCUGGGGCCGCCACAUGCUUCUACGCCUUUGUGGGCUUCGACUGCAUCGCCACAACAGGUGAGGAGGUAAAGAACCCGCAGCGUUCCAUCCCGCUGGGUAUCGUGGGCUCCCUCCUCAUCUGUUUCCUGGCGUACUGCGGGGUGUCGGCGGCGCUCACCCUGAUGAUGCCCUACUACCUGCUCAACAUCCACAGCCCCCUGCCGGUGGCCUUCACCUACAUCGGCUGGGCCGCGGCCAAGUACGUGGUGGCUGUGGGCUCCCUCUGUGCCCUCUCCACCAGUCUCCUGGGAUCCAUGUUCCCCAUGCCCCGAGUCCUCUUCGCCAUGGCUCGUGACGGCCUGAUGUUCACCUCUCUGCAGAAGGUCAACGCAAGACAGAGCCCUGCUGUGGCCACCAUAUCCUCUGGCACUGUGGCAGCUAUAAUGGCUCUUUUAUUUGACCUGAAAGCCUUGGUUGAUAUGAUGUCUAUCGGGACCCUGUUCGCCUACACGCUGGUCGCCAUUUGCAUUCUCAUUCUUCGAUACCAAGAGAGUGAAUCAGAGGAGGAUCAUUUCAUAACGGUCACCACCUCUGUGUUUGCAUUUAUGAAGCCUCCAUCGCAGCCGACCAAGUACACUUCAAAGACAGUUACAACAUGCACCAUAGUUGUUGUUGUGGAGGUGGUGGCUCUGAGCGUGUUCAUGACGCAGGCUAUCCAGCCGCUGCUGCUCCUGGAGGUGUGGAGCCUGCUGUGUCUGUCCCUCAUCCUGGCCGCGCUGCUCCUCACCACCCUGGUCAUCUGGAGGCAGCCGCAGAACACCACCAAAGCCCCCUUCAUGGUCCCUCUGAUCCCCCUGCUUCCCGUGCUGAGCGUGUUCAUCAACAUCUACCUGAUGGUUCAACUGGGAGGCGACACCUGGAUCCGCUAUGCCGUCUGGAUGGCUGUGGGUUUGCUGAUCUACUUUGGCUACGGUGUUCGCCACAGCGUCCAGAAACAAAGACUUCUCAACAGCCAACUCAACAUUCAGACCAUUGAGGACAAGACUGGAAAAGAUGCUUCGAAAGUGGACAGCUCGUGAACUUGUCUUGAACUUUGGAAAUUUGUCCAAAUGUCAUGAGCUCUUAACUGAAGCUGAGUGCCAAUGAUUCUGUACUAUGUCAAAAACACUGGUCAAGAGGAAUGUGAGUGAAUAUUUUUUUCAUAUCUCUGAAAUCUUAUUGUUGAAGACAACUGCCUACUGUAGGCCUACUGUAUGUAUUUUUGUACCAUUGUUUUUUAUAUUUUUAAAAUAUGACAGUGCCAGUUGUAAAUCAAAAUGGUCAUGAGAAGCUGUACAGCAGUGGUUCUUAGCCUGGGGUGCGCCAGAGAUUCCACGGGGUGCGAGGAAUUUUGUUUGUGUUGAGGUUGUGAGUGACCAAAAUUCUGCUUGGGAACAUUAUAAUUCGGCCAUAUCAAAACCAAAUAUAUGAAACAUGUUUUGGUCCCCAUUUAAAUAAUUGAGGUAUUGAUUAAUGUCUCAAGCAAGAAUCGUUGUAAUUAAUCACUUAAAUUACUU